GGUCGCUUCUAGGCGCGCUUUGUAAACGAGAGAACGAAAGGAGGGUGGAGUAUAUGAAGUUAGAUUCUGGCAAUAGGUGGCAAGGACAACAGCCGCUUGAGCUCAUAUCGUAUAUGAGCAGCAGCAAUGCUCAUCAUCGAGCAAGCCAAGAGUUAUGUGACGGGCAUAAUCGAGCCGGACUAUCAUGAUGAUCAUCCUCAUCAUCAUGUCAGUGAUGGUUGAAGCAAAGCGCCGCGUGAGCAGCAUUUGUGGGCCAAUGCGCUAGAGGCUGGACUCCGUGGUGGCCCUGGAGAGUGUCUAACUUGGUGACAAUGACAGCUAGAGUUGGGCAGCCGGGAAGGGAUUUGUAUCAGCCUGCAGACCCUUAAUGUGCCACUCAUGCGCAUCAUUGGGAGCCGCGACUCGGCUGUGGAGUGUAGUGGGAGAGGCACAGGCACAGGCUCUCGGUCUGUAGAGGUUGACAAGACUGAAGGUGGAGGGACUUGGUGGUUUCUUCACACAGCUCGGAAUCGGUUCCCGAUGUUUUGAGACUGGCCUGUGAGGUUCGUAUUGCUGAUCGUCACAUUGAGAGUGGAACAGUACUCUAGACUCUAACCUUUAAAACGUGAGUUGGGUCGAAGUCCUGCUUUUGCUGCUAGCGUAACUGAGUCGCGAAAUCGGAAUUGCAACAAGCAUGUUGUGGCUCUAGUGACCAGGGAAUCGUGCUUUAGACAUGGUCUUGUUUUCAAGUGCGUAGCGCCAAUCUGAUUGGCAGUAAACGAGAGUUUUCCUGUGUUGUUAGAGCAGCGGAUUGCAGUGGACAGCUUCGCUGCAGCCUUGUGGCUUUCGCUAGUUGAAACGCAUUCUGAGUGGCACGAGUGAGAGACCUACAGCGGUAUUUUCGGGAUGGGGACGACGGAGGGAGGAUUGGUGGGGAUGUAUGGGGAAAUGGAGGAGCAGAACCAGCGGUUGGAAUCGCUGCAAGAGGGCCCUCACGAUGUCUCGAUGAGUGGAAAGAUGAAGCGGCUCCUGUGGCAUGGCGGCUCCGUCUGGGAUGCCUGGUUCAGCGCCGCGUCCAACCAGGUCGCGCAAGUACUUCUGACGCUACCAUAUUCUUUCGCCCAGCUCGGAUACGCCUCUGGGGUAGCGUUCCAACUUUUCUACGGCGUCGUCGGCUGCUGGUCGUGUUACAUGAUCACUUGGCUCUAUGUUGAGUAUCGGACUCGGAAGGAGAGGGAGGGGGUCAUCUUCAAGAAUCAUGUCAUUCAGUGGUUCGAGGUUUUGGACGGCUUGUUGGGUCGUAACUGGAAGAUUCUUGGGCUUGUCUUCAAUUGCACCUUCCUUCUCUUCGGGGCGGUGAUCCAGCUCAUUGCUUGCGCAAGCAACAUCUUUCUGAUCAACGAUCAUUUGAACAAGAGGGAGUGGACUUACAUCUUUGGGGCCUGUUGCAUGCUCACUGUGCUGGUGCCAUCGUUCCGAAACUACCGGCUCUGGUCGUUCUUCGGCCUCAUUAUGAUCUCCUACACAGCUUGGUACAUGACAAUUGCUGCACUUGCCCAUGGCCAGGUUGCCAAUGUCGUCCAUACGGCGCCGACAACGAAGGUCUUGUACUUCACAGGAGCAACCAACAUUCUGUAUACUUUCGGUGGCCACGCUGUUACUGUAGAGAUCAUGCACGCAAUGUAUAAACCGGUGAAGUUCAAGUACGUAUAUGUGUUAGCGACACUCUACGUGUUCACCUUGACCAUCCCUUCUGCCGUGGCCGUGUACUGGGCUUUCGGUGACGACCUUCUUAGGCACUCCAACGCACUGUCCUUGCUUCCGAGGACCAUGGCUCGUGACGUAGCUGUUGUUCUGAUGCUCAUUCACCAGUUCAUCACUGUUGGCUUUGCCGUCACUCCAUUGUACUUCGUGUGGGAGAAGGUGAUCGGGAUUCACAACACGAAGAGUCUUCCCUUGAGAGCGGUAUGCCGAAUGCCGGUGAUACUACCAGUGUGGUUCUUCGCCAUUGCAUUCCCAUUCUUCGGACCCAUUAACUCCACCGUUGGAGCCCUUCUGGUUACUUUCACCGUCUACAUCAUCCCCUGUGUCGCUCACAUGGUCGUGUACCGCGGUGCAACAGCCCGCCAGAAUGCGGUUGAGAAGCCGCCCUUCUUUCUGCCCAGUUGGACUGGAGUCUACCUCAUCAACAUAUUCAUUGUGGUAUGGAUUAUUGUGAUCGGCAUUGGCUGGGGUGGAUGGGCUAGCGUCACCAACUUCAUUCAGCAGAUUGACACCUUCGGUAUCUUCGCACCUUGUUAUCAGUGCCCACCUCGAGCACCGGUUGCUGCAACUCCUCCCAAACUGCAUGAUUAAAGAAGCCCCUACUUGCGAGAAUCUAGAUCAUAACGUUUUCAUUGCCAACGGCUUCUGAUUCGAUGAAAGGCGAGAAAUAUAGAGAGAGCGAAGGAGCCUGCACUGUGGUAAUUGACCAACCAAGUUAAGCGACGGGCAUUAACUGUGGCAAUAAAUGCCGACUGUACAGGGCGCCAGGAAGACAACCGGGUUGUAUCCAAUUGCGCCACACUGCCAGGUCAUGUUAUGCGUGAUUGGAAGCAGAAGGGACGGGUUUUCUCCUUUCUCUCUCAUAAGAGACCGAUUCUACUAGUUUGUAUCUUGCAGCAACCAGGCAGCAGCAGCAGCUGAUAAGAGGGGCGAGGCACCCAUCAAUGCCAUUUUUUGUUCAUACGUGUGUUGGUUUGAAUUUGAUUACCCGACGAGGAUGGCAAACUACGCCGAGACCUCGUUCAAAGACAGAUUUCAACUGUAGCAGGUUUCGACACUGCACAUGUCUGGAAGCGGCAACGCCGAUGCCCUUGCUUGCAGACUCAUGACGUCGAAGUAAUGUGACGAUGCGGAUUCUCCGAUCGUAGCUAAACGAAACUGGAUUCGGCAUGAAUCUCAGGUCACCGAGGCCCCAUUGUUCAUGUAUACACAUCGUCUGCUUCGAUUGUGGAUACACCAAACGCAAGCCGAGGUUGUAUGUAGCACCCAAUGGUUUCAUGUCGACCUGUUUCAAUAUUCUCUAUGAGUAUAUAUGAAUACAUGACCGAGAGAGAAAUAAGAUGCUGGACUCAUUUUGUGGGUUCACAACUUCGUAUUUAUUUAGCGACUUGCACAAGGGCCUUUUUCUCAGUUAUACAAGAUUCGAGACCUUUUAGAGUUUAUAUGAUGAUGCGUUUGUGUACAUUUUAAAAGAAGCAUUUUAGAUAUAGCUUUUUCUUCAAACUGUGAUAAAAUUAUUUUCUUGGUAUAACUCAUUUCACAUUGUUUCGAAACCCAAUUACUUCCUCACAAUAUUUCUUAAAAUAAAAUAUACAUCGAUAGAUAUCAGUGCAAAUAAUAAGAUACUCAAAGCAAUAAAUAGACAAUUCUUUUC